AGGUUAUGUUUUCCCAUAUUUUGUGUAUAUUUUUGAGCGACUACAAACUCGUAAUGUAAUAAACAUUAAUUCUGAUAAUCGCCUGAACUUUUUAAUUUAUAGUAUUAUUGUGUGAAUAAUUUAGUAACUAAUGGUUGUAGGCUUGUAAAAAAAUGUUUUCCAUUUGUAAACAGCACCACCCGGCUACGGGGGUAGAACAUGCAAUUUCAUGUUUUUUCUUUAAUAAAGUAGAAAAGUGUUUAAUAACAGCAGGAGCAAAUAUUCUUAAAGUGUUUAGACUUAUUCCUGAUGUAGAUCCUAAGGCACGAACAGAACGCUAUUCAGAAUUCUAUCCACCGAAAUCGAAGCUAGAAUGUAUGGCGCAGUACCAGUUGUUUGGCAAUAUAAUGUCUAUUCAAAGUGUAUCUUUGGCAAACUCUCAAAGGGACGCCUUACUUCUGGCGUUUUCUGAUGCAAAGUUGUCUGUUGUUGAAUAUGACCCAGAAUAUCACGAUUUGAGAACUCUUAGUUUGCAUUAUUUCGAAGAAGAAGACAUGAAAGACGGAUGGACCCAUCACCAUCAUGUUCCUAUUGUAAGGGCAGAUCCUGAAAACCGAUGCGCCGUUAUGACGGUAUUUGGUCGCAAAUUAGUUGUCCUGCCAUUUAGAAGAGAGAGUUCAAUUGAUGAUAAUGACACUGACGUUAAACCUAUGUCUGCUAAUGCAGCCGGUGGUAAAGCCCCAAUAUUGUCCUCGUAUAUGAUUUUGUUAAAAGAUUUUAUCGACAAAAUUGAUAACGUAAUAGAUAUUCAAUUUUUGUAUGGAUAUUAUGAACCCACUUUAUUAAUUUUGUAUGAACCACUGAAAACAUUUUCGGGUCGAGUUGCAGUAAGAACAGACACUUGCGCGAUGGCUGCCAUUUCCUUAAACUUGCAACAAAAAGUACAUCCUGUCAUUUGGAGUGUUUCAAAUCUACCGUUUGAUUGUGUGAGGGCAGUACCCAUUAAGAAGCCUAUAGGCGGUACCCUAAUCAUGUCCGUAAACGCUCUCAUAUAUCUAAAUCAAAGUAUUCCGCCUUACGGGGUAUCCUUGAAUAGUAUUGCUGAAGCUUGUUCCAAUUUUCCACUGAAACCGCAGGAAGAUAUAAAAAUAACAUUGGAUUGCGUGCAGGUGGGAUUUUUGGAAGAAGAUACACUCGUUUUAUCUUUAAAGGGUGGAGAAUUAUACGUUCUGACGUUAUUAGCUGAUAGUAUGAGAUACGUACGAAGUUUUCACUUUGAAAAAGCGGCUGCUAGUGUUCUUACAACUUGCAUCUGCGUUUGUGAAAAUAAUUUCUUGUUUUUGGGUUCACGCCUCGGAAAUUCGCUAUUACUCAGAUUUACUGAAAGUAGGAACGAAGUUAUAACACUAGAUGAUGGGGAAGAACCCACGGCAAAAAGGAAGAGGAUAGAUGAAAACGACAGGGAUGGUUCUCAAUACGAAGAUAGAGUUCUAGAUAGCUUAAACGACUGUAUGGCUAGUGACGUUCUUGAUAUAAGAGAUCCUGAGGAAUUAGAGGUGUAUGGUAACCAAAAACAAGCCGGUAUACAGAUUUCCAGCUAUGUAUUUGAAGUGUGUGACAGUUUAAUCAACAUUGGACCUUGCGGGAAUAUAUCCAUCGGAGAGCCGGCUUUUCUUAGCGAAGAGUUUAAUAAUAACACCGAUCUGGACUUGGAGUUAGUAACAACUGCAGGACACAGUAAAAACGGUGCGCUCUGUGUCUUGCAGAAAACUAUCAGACCACAAAUCGUUACAACGUUUACUCUUCCUGGUUGUUCUAAUAUGUGGACGGUGAGAAGUGGAGAGGAGCGACAUGCUUUCCUUAUUUUGAGUCAGGAAGAUGGCACCAUGAUUCUUCAAACUGGUCAUGAGAUUAACGAAAUUGACAAUACAGGAUUUGCAACCCACGGACCAACUGUAUACGCCGGAAAUUUGGGGAAUAAUAAAUAUAUAGUACAGGUUACAACGGUCGCAGUAAGAUUGUUGCAAGGAGUAACUCAACUGCAGCACGUACCGAUGGACUUGGGUUCGCCUAUUGUUCACAUAUCUAGUGCGGAUCCGUACAUAUCUCUGAUGACCACGGAUGGGCAGGUUAUUACUCUUAUGUUGAGGGAAAUACGAGGCUCCGCAAAGUUGGUUGUGAGCAAAUCGACAUUAGCAAACAACCCUCCCAUAUCAACCAUUUGUAUGUACAAGGACACGUCUGGUCUAUUUACGAAUAAAAUUCCUGAAGAAUUUGUUCAAGUGCCUCAGCACGUUAUAACCGAAACCGAAACAAAAUCGGAAAUGGAAAACGAGGAUGACUUGCUCUACGGAGAAACUGAUUUUAAAAUGCCCUCGCUGAACCCUCCUCAACCGAAACCGAAGGUGUAUUAUAAUUGGUGGAAAAAGUAUUUGACGCCGUUUAAGCCAACUUAUUGGCUUUUCGUUGUCCGAGACAAUUCUAAUUUGGAAAUCUAUUCGAUUCCAGACUUCAAGUUGAGUUUCUAUGUCACGAACUUAUGUUUUGGUUUUAAGGUACUGGUGGAUAGCUUAGAAUCGGUCACGUUAUCCCCGUCGAUAUUUGCUAAUGAAACCCAAAUCCAGCAAGAUUAUCAAGUUAGGGAAAUCUUAAUGGUGGGUUUAGGCAACAAUGGAAUGAGACCGAUACUUCUUGUUAGACUAGAUCGUGAUCUGUACAUAUACGAAGUAUUCAGAUUUCCACGUGGUAAUCUCAAACUUCGUUUUAAAAAAAUAAAGCACAAUAUAAUAUAUUCGCCGAAUAUAUCGGGGAAAAUUGAUACGGAAAAUUCUGAUUUUUUUGCUUUGCAAGACCGUAUCAUCAAGAUGCGAUACUUUGGAAAUAUUUCAGGCUAUAAUGGUGUCUUUAUAUGCGGUGGAAAUCCUCAUUGGAUAUUUUUGACUGCAAGAGGCGAAUUGAGGACACAUGCCAUGGUUAUCGAUGGAGAAGUAUUAAGUUUUGCUCCAUUUAACAACGUAAAUUGCCCACAAGGAUUUUUAUACUUCAACAGAAAGUCGGAAUUGAGAAUUGGAGUACUACCGACUCAUUUGAGUUACGACGCUCCUUGGCCUGUCAGAAAAGUACCUUUGAGGUGUACCCCUCAUUUUGUUAGUUACCAUUUAGAAUCAAAAACGUAUUGUCUCGUUACCAGCUUGGCGGAACCGUCCGACAGAUAUUAUAAAUUUAAUGGGGAGGACAAGGAACUAUCUAUAGAAGAAAAAGGGGACAGAUUUCCAUAUCCCCUGCAAGAGAAAUUCAGUAUUUGUUUAUUUUCACCUGUAUCUUGGGAUGUAAUUCCGAACACAAAAAUCGAUUUGGACGAAUGGGAACAUGUGAAUUGUUUGAAAAAUGUAGCCUUAGCUUAUGAAGGCACGAGGUCCGGCCUUAAGGGGUACAUCGCUCUUGGAACUAAUUAUAAUUACGGCGAGGACAUUACCUCAAGAGGAAGGAUUUUAAUCUACGAUAUCAUAGAAGUUGUGCCGGAACCUGGGCAACCGUUAACUAAAAAUAAAUUUAAAGAAAUAUAUGCCAAAGACCAAAAAGGACCUGUGACUGCACUUUCACAAGUUAAAGGAUUCUUAGUAUCCGCUGUCGGGCAAAAGAUAUACAUUUGGCAACUAAAAGACAACGACCUAAUUGGAGUAGCAUUCAUCGACACACAAGUGUACACGCAUCAAAUACUUACCAUAAAAAGUUUGUUGUUAAUUGCUGAUGUUUAUAAAUCGAUAGCUUUGUUGCGAUUUCAAGAGGAAUACAGGACGUUGUCUCUUGUGUCUAGGGAUUUCAAACCUUGUGAAGUAUACUCUGUGGAGUAUAUGAUCGAUAAUUCUUCACUAGGAUUCUUAGUUUCUGACCGAGAAAAGAAUUUAGUCUUGUACAUGUAUCAGCCUGAGGCUAGGGAAUCUUUGGGAGGCCAACGACUACUAAGGAAAGCAGAUUUUCAUCUGGGACAGGCUGUCAAUACAUUUUUCAAAAUUAAAUGCAAAUUGGGAGAACUUGGAGAAGACAAAAAACAUUUUUCUGGAGCCGACAGAAGAUAUAUAUCAAUGUUUGCAACAUUGGAUGGAGGUCUAGGAUACAUCAUGCCAGUGCCAGAAAAAACCUAUCGUAGGUUGCUUAUGUUGCAAAACGUGUUGGUUUCCCAAGGUACACAUAUAGCUGGAUUAAACCCAAAGGCUUAUAGGACAUAUAAAAGUUGGAGAAAAUUGCAGAAUAAUCCGGCUAGAUCAAUUAUCGAUGGUGAUUUAGUGUGGAAUUUUAUGCACCUUUCUAUAACGGAAAAAUCGGAGGUUUCAAAAAAAAUUGGAACUAAGAUUGAGGAAUUGAUCGACGAUCUCACAGAUAUUCAGAAGUUAACUAAUCAUUUUUAAAUUUAAAUUCGUGUAAUAAAUUAUGAAAAC